AUGAUUCCUGAUGCGAAUAGCGAACACAAGAUGUCAAGUAUUCGUAAAAAUCUAUUUGUAUCUUCUUCAUGUUCUCAUUUAUAUAAUGUUAAUUCCUUUCAAGCAUGUGCUUUAUCGAAUAAAAUUUGCAAUAUAACCAUUUUACUCAAUUCUUACGCUGCUUAUCGAACUUGUAUUAUUGAAAAUUUAUUUACUGAUGCAGAUUACGUUGUUUUUGAUGCAGUUAAUGGUUUAGGUAAUCGCAUUCUUGGUUUAAUAGCUGUUACUACUUAUGCUCUUGUCACUAGUCGAGUUCUUCUAAUAAACUGGCAACCAGGUGAUAAUCAUCAAGCGUCUUUCGAAGAUCUUUUUUUGCCUUUAUCAUUAUCAGACAAUGUUCCUUUUUAUUAUCAAUAUUCAUUGCCAAGAUUAGCUAAUCUGAUGAAAAAUCGAUGGAUGAAUGAAAUUGAAUCUAAAACAAAAAAUAGUCGAAUACCAAUUGAUUGGGCAUUUUAUUUUGAUCGUGAAAUUUUAUGUAAUAAUAAAACAUACAAACAAUCAUGGUUUGUACAAUUUGGAUUUUAUAUUUUAAACUUUAUUAGUCAUCAUGUUAAAUGGUUUCGAACUGAUCAAUAUUUUGUACCAUUAUUAAAGCGAAAUGAAAAGACACGACAAGCAUUUAUUACACUUUUUCAAAAUGGACAAGUUUUCUCAGAAUUAGCAACAAAACUUUUACAUCCUGUACCAAAAGUUAAUUCAAUUAUAAAAGAUUUUCAAACAAAAUAUACUUUAGAGAAUAAAAUUAUUACAAUCGGAGUUCAUAUGCGUAGUUGGUCAGCAAAUAUGAUUAAUCACAUUGAGCCAUUUCAAAAAUGUAUUGAACAUGUCAUAAAAAAUGUUAGUAAAUCUGAUAAAGAUGAAACUAAAAUUCACUUAUAUAUCAUUUCAAACACUCGACAACGUCGUCAAAAACUAGAAAAUCAUAUUUCAAACAUAUAUAAAAAUUUGAAAAUACUCAAUUCACCAGAAGCACCUGAAACUGCUAAUGUAGUUGAAAAAAUGCAAUAUACUUUGGCAGAAUUACUUAUACUAUCAAAAAUGCAACAUCUUAUCAUAACAUCGAAAUCAACAUUUGGUAUGAUUGCUCAAGGUUUAGCAGGUAAGGGUGCUUGGAUCGUACGACAAGGUGCAUCACACGAAAUACAAACCAUCAAGUCAGAUCUUUGUGAAUGGGAAUCGACUAGUGAACCAGAAUAUCAAAUGAUGGGAUCACUUCAAGUCAAUCAGACUUGCUCUCAAUAUGCGACAUCUUUACCAAGUGUUGGAGAGCGAACUAUUAUUUAA